UAGCCUUAUCAAGACCAUGGUGUGACAGGACUUCACAUCACACGGACGUCCAGUAUGGAGCUAACAGCCGAGAGCCACUCUGUCCCUCUGAGCGACGGGAAUAACAUCCCACUGCUUGGACUUGGGACUUAUGCGAAUCCCCGCCAGACUCCUAAAGGAACGUCUUAUAACGCCGUGAAACUGGCGAUCGAAACGGGUUACAGACACAUCGAUGGAGCUAUGGUCUACUUCAACGAGGACGAGGUGGGGCAAGCCAUAAGAGACAAGAUUUCCGACGGGACGGUGAAACGAGAGGACGUAUUCUACUGCGGAAAACUGUGGAACACGUUUCAUCCUCCUCAUCUCGUUCGCCCGACGUUGGAAAAAACGUUGGAGUUGCUGAAGUUGGACUAUGUCGAUCUUUACAUUGUGGAGAUGCCCACUGCUUUCCAGCCUGGAGACACAUACUACCCCCGAGAUGAGAAUGGGAAGUAUAUUUAUCAUGAGACAGAUCUACGGGCCACAUGGGAGGCUCUGGAGGCGUGUAAAGACGACGGGCUGGUCAAAUCUCUCGGAGUGUCAAACUUUAACAAGAGGCAACUGGAGUUAAUCCUCACCAAACCUGGACUUAAGCACAAGCCGGUGUCAAAUCAGGUCGAAUGCCAUCCCUACUUCACUCAACCAAAGCUCCUGGAGUACUGUCGCCAGAACCAUAUUGUGAUAGUGGGAUACAGCCCCCUGGGGACGAGCAGAGACCCCACAUGGGUAAAUCUCAAAUGUCCCCCGAUGUUGGAAGAUGAGGUCCUUGUGUCCAUCGCUAAAAAGCACAAAAAGACCUCGGCUCAGGUGGCCCUCAGGUUCAACGUCCAGAGAGGAGUCGUGGUCAUCCCCAAAAGCUUCAACCCUGCUCGAAUAAAAGAAAACUUUGAGAUUUUUGAUUUCUGUCUUUCCGAGGAUGAGAUGAAGCAGAUCGAGGGUCUGAACAAGAACAUACGAUUUGUUGAGCUGCUCAUGUGGGCCGACCAUCCGGAGUAUCCAUUCCAUGACGACUACUGACCGUCCACGAGGUCAUCCCAGCACCACUUUGACUCCUGACAGAAAUCUAAAGGGAUUUUAUUUUCAAAUGUUGUUAUUUGGAAAAAAUACAACAGAUAAAAUAAUGUCGUGUUACAAUUGUCACAAGAAAUGAUGGCAUUUUCCCACUGAUUCCCAUUGUCCCGUCUCCAGCUUUAUGUACAGGCUAAACAAGCAAAAAACAGCACUUUACCUGUAUGUCGACUUUUUCAAGUGUAGAUUGAAUUAAAAUGACUUUUUUUGGUCCUGG